AUGACGACUAUCCCGGCGCGCUUGGCCAAGACCAGCCAGGUCUCCCUGUCGCUGGCGCACGCUCAGAGCCGCUCGCGUGCUUUGUACCGCGCCCUCUACCGUGCUGCCCCAGAGAUUUGCGCUCUGUACCCGCUCGAUGUCCCCCCUGCGAUGAUCCGCGCCAAGUUCCGCACGAUGUUUGAGCGCAACCGCCACAUCCGCGACGUUGCCGUACUCGAUGUGAUGCUUCUCAAGGCCCACCAGGAGUACCAGGAGACGAUGAACGCCUGGAAGCAGAUGCCGCACAUCAUGCGGUGGUUCGCCGAGGAGGAGGCGCCCCCCCGGCCCAAGGGCUUCCUGGAAAAGUUCUACGCUACGCGCGACGAGGGCCGUGGUCCUACCCACGAAGGUCUCUAA